AUGAAGCGCUAUAGCAUGGCAUGUACGUGGGUUGGAGCUGUUGUCGGUGCGAUCGCGCCGCUGAUGGGUUACGUUGGCGCUAGCGGUUAUGUCGAUUCCGCUUCGUUAGUGAUGGCCGCUGUAUUAUUUUGCUGGCAGUUUCCUCAUUUCAAUUCUCUCAGUUGGAACAUACGUGGCGACUACACUCGUGCUGGCUAUCGUGUCAUGUGCGCCGUGAAUCAGAGGCUUUGUCGACUGACAUCGCUCAGGUAUUCGCUGGCCUUGCUGCUUUUGUGUUCGUUGGGAGCGCCGAUGACGGGUCUUACUGCGUGGUCGUUUGCACUCGAAUCGCUACCAUUCAACGCGUUGUUGCUCCAUCUCUCAUAUAAGUUCUAUCGGAAUGCGGAUGCGAAAACGUCAAGGAGCCUCUUCCACUAUACGCUGCUUCAUCUGCCUCUAAUCAUGAUGCUUAUGGCAGUGAGCAAGUUCGGGCACAGCCCUGACUGA